UCAGGUGAUGGCACUCUGUUAAGCUGUGGAGACAACACAUAUGGUCAGCUGGGCAGGAACACUGAAGGAUCCAAAAUGCUACCAAUCAGCAUAAAUUUCCAUCCCCUCUCUCUGUCCGCAGGCCUUGGUCACUCUCUAGUUCUAUGUAAGGCUACAUCACAGGGAGCUGCAGAAGGGGGCAGCUGCGUGAUCUCAUGGGGAUGGAAUCAAAGCUACCAACUUGGACGCCAGGGGCAAGAAGAUGUCCCCGGGAUGGUUGAAGGUCUAAGUGGGGAAAAGCUGGUGUCUGUUUCAGCUGGGCGUGUUCAUUCUAUUGCUCUCACUUCAAAGGGGGAGGUUUGGGCAUGGGGCUCUGGCCGAAAUGGCCGACUUGGUUUAGGAAGCUCAGUGGAUGAGAUGGAACCAGCAUUUGUGGAGCGUUUGGAUGGGUUGAAGGUUCUGCACGCAGCGGCUGGCUUUGACCAUAAUCUACUACUGGUUGCUGAAUGAUGAAGUUGGUUUAUGAGUCCACCCAGUUUGUUAACUGUCUACUUUCCCUCUGAGACCCAAAAACAUAAAAAGGAAUUGUGAAGGAAAAAGAAAGAAAAAUCUUAGAUUGCACAAAAUAAUGCUAUAAAGUGAAUGUGCAGAUAAUGUUGGUAGUAUUGUUUGCAUUGGGGCUGAAAGACAAUCCUGCCUAACCAUGACUUGGAUUUUCCAACUGGAUUUUGUCAUUUUGAAAGCCAGAAGCAAGGUCGAUUAAUCUCCCAUAACCUGCUUUUGAAAGAGUAUUUGUGUUGCAUUUUCCUUAUAUGACUUUGAGCUAACCAGUGAAGCUCUCAAAGCAGUCGUAGCCUCCUUUUUCUCUGCAGAUCCUGGAUCCUAAUACCACCCUGGCUUAACACAUGGAUUAUUCCAGUCAUUGCUAAGGGCUUUUUGCCUAGCCUGUUGGGCUCAAUUACCAAACAAGUUUUGUUCUGAUAGUUAAAAUCAAGAUGUACUUCAGAAGAUAGUUCUCUUUUUGUGUGUUUUCAACUGUAGACACCUAGCUCAAUGUCAUUUGAUAAAGCUUGUGAUAAGAUAAGACCUGAUACGUCUAUCAUGCUAUAUCUGUCAAAUCUUCUUUUGGUUCUGAUUAUUUUCCUUCA